GGCGGUGGCGGCGUCACCUGCGUGAUGGAAAAUGGGGCCGUGUUCGAAAAAGCCGGAGUGAACGUUAGCGCAAUUCAUGGCACUCUCGGACCUGCUGCUUUGAAGGAGAUGCGAGCUAGACAUAAAGAAAUUGAACUUGACAAGGAGUAUGCUUUUUUCGCGUGUGGCAUCAGUUCAGUCAUACAUCCGCAUGAGAAAUCAGCCUACAAUUGUUUAUUCUUCAAUGUUUGGUCCUUGAGCUCUGAUGUAGUGGCCGAGGCCAAUAGAUAG